CAAACGUCACCUCGCGCUAAAAUGUUUCGUUACGAAAUUAAUUUAAAAUUCGAACACUUUUAAUAUAUAUUUUUUUAAUUGUGUGCAAAGUAAGAUGCGUUCAUUAUCAAAUGAUAAUAACGGAACACCUUCGCUGGCAUCUGCAAAGAGUUCCAGCAAAAACAGUUCUACUGUCGAUGGAAUGGAUGAUGCGCAUGAACUGGUGUCUGCUGAUAUCAUCUACGUAGACAGCGGCAUAAUCUCCCGGAAAUACGAUGAGCCGCUAUUCGAUGAAGUGGAGGAGCUUCUGGGUGCCUCCCCAGCUCCCAGACCUUGCACUCUUGUAUGGCGUGACCUCUCAGUGCAUGUAAAACUCAAAGAUGGAAAGCUCAAGAGACUGGUUAACAACGUUAGCGGCAUCGCCAAGCCGGGGACCUUGGUUGCUUUAAUGGGGCCCAGUGGGGCUGGCAAAACCACAUUGAUGACCGCACUAGCACACCGAAGUCCAGGCGGGACGAUCAUAGAUGGCGAGGUAGCAAUGAACGGUGUCCCGGUGGGAGACUUCAUGCACCGGGAAAGUGGAUACAUGCACCAGGACGAACUCUUUGUGGAGAACCUCACAGUUAUGGAACACCUAACCAUCAUGGCUCGACUCCGAAUGGACAGACGUACAACCCCCCUUGGGCGUCGAAGAAAAGUCAACCAGCUAAUGAGACAGCUUUCUCUAUACGGAGCCAGGCACACACGGAUCGGCGGUCUGGAUGGACAGAAAACACUUUCGGGGGGCGAGAGGAAACGGCUGGCCUUUGCUUCAGAGCUCUUGAUCGACCCAGGCCUUCUUUUCUGCGAUGAACCCACAACAGGAUUGGAUUCGUCUUCAGCGCAGAAGUUAAUGACACUACUCAGAGCAAGCGCAGUUCAGGGCAAAACAGUAAUAUGUACGAUACACCAGCCAUCAUCAGAACUUAUGGCGUUGUUUGACAAGCUUGUGUUGUUAGCUGAGGGAAGAGUGGCUUUCGCUGGCAACGCUUCAGGAGCGCUGGAUUUCUUCGAAAGUCUGGGCUAUCAGUGUCCCAUCACUUACAAUCCCACAGAUUACUUCAUAAAAGUCCUAGCUCUUACACCCGGUUCAGAGGGUGCAUCGCGACAGGCUAUCAAGAGUGUAUGCGACAGGUUCGCUGUCAGUGAUGCUGCUAAGGAACUCGAUAUGGAGAUCCAUUUGGAAUUCCAUCUGAUGGAUAAUGAGGAUCAGGACCUAAGACGAGUGAAGAAUAAUAAUUACAAGCCACCGUUACUUCACACAAAAAUCACUUGGCUAGUCUAUAGAUAUUUGCUCAUAAUAAUAAGAGACCCUCGAGUACAAUUCGUCCGAAUAUUACAAAAGUUGGCUAUAGCACUGACAGCAGGGUUAUGCUUCAUCGGGACAGCUCGUCUCACUCAAGCUGGUAUCCAAGAUGUCCAAGGCGCUCUCUUCAUAAUCAUAGCGGAGAAUACUUUCUCUCCGAUGUACUCAGUACUACACAUGUUUCCUGAAGAGUUCCCAAUGCUCCACAGGGAACUGAAAGCCGGAUUGUAUUCUACGCCAGUUUACUACGUCGCUAGAAUGGUGGCUCUGUUUCCAGGUCUCGUGGUUGAGCCAGCCUUGUUCACACUUGUGGUGUAUUGGGUUGCGGGACUUCGUGGCACAUUAUAUGCUUUCGGAUUUACUGUUUUUCUUUCCAUUUUGGUCCUUAACGUGGCCAUCGCGUGUGGAUCAUUCUUUUCGUGUGCAUUUGGAUCGAUGCCACUCGCAAUAGCGUACCUGGUGCCAUUCGACUACUCGCUUAUGAUGACGUCCGGACUCUUUAUUAAACUAAGCUCAAUACCUAAAUACAUAUCAUGGAUUCGGCAUUUAUCGUGGCUGAUGUACUCAAACGAAGCUAUGAGUAUACUACAGUGGGAUGGAGUUGAGAACAUUACGUGCACGGUUCCUCAAGAAGGAGUGCCCUGCGUGAGCACCGGUGAAGAAGUGCUGGAGAAGUACGACUUCGAGCCGAACCAGUUCUGGAUGGAUAUCUUAGCGCUGUUCAUCCUAUACCUCGCCUUCCACCUCCUAGCGCUAUUUUCUUUGAGAUAUAGGACUAGAAGAAAAUAAUGUUUUAUUUAUGUAUUUUAAUAGCAAAUCUUACUAUAAAAAUAGCUAGAUUAAAUUAAUAAUAUAACCUUAGUUAACAAUACCUACUACAUUCAAUAAACAAUAUUCUUUCCCGCUUGGAAUGGUGCCAAGAAAGCCGGAAAUGCUAGGGUGAAGCUAACUAGUGUAAAAUGAGCUUCAUUUAAACACAAAAACAUUUUAGGCACCACUGUUCGUUUUCAGUAAACCUAGGGAACGCUUAAAUCGGA